AUGAUUUCAAGCUUCAAACUAUUGCUGAUUAUAAUAUCAGUUGCAAUUACACCGACAUUAUGUGGCACUUGUCGUUUCUUUCUGAACCGAAAUUUCAAUUAUGGAUGCGAAAUGUCUGAUGUCAACGUCACUGAGAGGAAUGAAAAUUUUGUGAUUGGUGGCGAACAUCUUCCUGGAUUCUCUCACGCAGACGUCAGAUACAAAGAGAAUCCAAACAUCGCUAAUGAAUCUGUUCAUGCUCAGGCUCGGGAAGCACUCAAAAAGUAUCUUCACUACUACGAACGAUGGGAAAAUCAUUCCAAGUCUCUUCAACUUGAACAACAAACAUUGGAUCGUCUUAAAACUCGAAUUAAUGAGAAAGUGAUGAAAGGAUUAAAUUCUUCAACUUGGAUCGAUUGGCAAUAUUUAUUCGUUGCUGCUUCACUUCUCGCCAAAUGUCGUUACACAUUACAAUAUACUUAUCCAUACGCUUAUUACAUGGAAGCAUCAUCACGUAAAGAUCUAUUUGAAUAUCAACAAGCUCAACUUGAAGCCGAAAUAGAAAAUUUAUCAUGGAAAAUUGAAAGAGUAGAAACUACAGAUCGUGAUCGAGGUGAUAUUGAAAAUCAAAUGGACAUCGCAGAAAAACGUCGAAUGACUUUGCUCAAAGAUUUCUUUCCCACCAAUUCCACCAGCAGCUUUUUCUCGUCCACAUGAAAAUAAUACAUCACCAGUUAGUCUUAAUUGAAGUUUAUUAUUUUUACUGUUUCGUCUUCUUAAAGUUUAAGAGAAAGAAGAUAAAAAAUUAUAUUUAGCACUCGACGAAACAAAUUUGUCUAUUUCAUUAUUUGUUUCCGUUAUCUAACUAAAUAUAAUUUAAUUCGUAUCUAUAAAUAUAAUUAACUUUUAUUCUUCAUAGAGUUUAGAUGUUACUUUUGAGAUAUUGUGUGAUUUUAAUUUUACGAGCAAUGCAGAUUCGAUGCAAUUCAAUUCAAAUUCUAAUAAACUAAUGAACAUUGAUGACUGUAAAUAUUUACAUAAACAACAUAAAUGGAUUUGACAAAAAAAAGAGCAUGUAGAAAAUUUAGUAUAAUUUAAUUUCUUUUAUUCCUUAGUUUUCAUCAGUAAUUGCAUCAUUUGAGACUUUAUUACAUUCAUCAUCAUACAUUACAAUUUAAAUUGUUACAAAGCAAAAGUCUCAUCGAGUGAUUUUAAUGUUAAAAUGCAUUGCUGUGUGAAAAGAUGGCAUUACUUAGUUUCUAUAAUAAAAAUAAAUUGUCACUAAAAUAUAAAAUCAUAA